AUGAAGGACACCCGGAGGGGCCCGAGCAAAGUCGGAUUUUUGGCUCUAGCUGCCGUUCUGUCGUGUAUGGGCGCCCGACGGUCGGAGGAUUUCUUUGCAGCAGCCAAGAAAGCGGAGGUCUUGCACGUCGAGCAAGAAGUUUGCGAACAAGUCGAGAAGAAGGUACAGAGCACGUGUUUCAAGGAUGUCACUACCAAGGAGGCGUAUUCGUGUCCCAUCGUCCAGGAGAAGGAAGUCUGCAGAAACGUCGCUAUCGACGUUCCCAGCACUUGCUUCAAGACCGUGACGGAACAACAGGCGUACAGCUGUCCCAAGACAAAGACUGAAAAGCAGUGCCGAGAUGUGACUGAGACCUGCUACAAAACCGAGAAACAGCAGCGUGAGUACCCCUGUGAAGGCAAAGAAACGUGCUCUAUGGUGCCUGUCGAAGUCCCCGACACUUGCACGCGAUCUGUCGACCAGCAGCAAGCGUACACGUGUGAGAAGACAAAGAUGGAGCAGGUCUGCACUGAAGUGGCAGUGACUGUGGACAAGACAUGCCAGCGAGAGGAGCUUCAGACCGUUCCAUACCCGUGCACGAAGACAGAGUACAAGCAGCAGUGCAAGCAAGUCGCUGUGCCGUCGGCUGCGCCGCAGAGCACCUGCUUCAAGACGGCGAUGAAGUCGCAAGAGUAUCCUUGCACGAAAGCGCAGAUGGAACAGAGCUGCGCGCAGGUUCCUGUCGAGAUCAAGGGCAAAUGCCACCGCAUGGUGCCGAAGGAGAAGUCGUACAAGUGCAAGAAGACAGAAAUCAAGCAGAAAUGCAAGAAAGUCAACGUCAAGGUCCCGUCGAUGUGCACGAAAAACGUCAAGGAGAAGCAGGCGUACGAGUGCACGGAGACAGAGUACAAGACAGAGUGCGUGGUGGACGUUCCGUGCAAGGACAAGAAAUGCAAAAUGCGCCGUCUCAACAAGGCAGGCGAAGCCGAAGCCGCCAACUGCCAGACCGUCCCAGUGCAGGUCAGCAAGACGUGCUACCGCGAGGUCGACGCUGUCCAGGAGUACGAGUGCGAAAAGAAGGAGGUUCAGGAGCAGUGCACAGACCAGGAAGUGGAAGUCAACGACACGUGCCAUGAGACUGUGGAGGUGAAGGAAGCGUACGAGUGCAUCAAGGUGGAGUACAAGGAAGAAUGCAAGCAAGUUCCUGUCCAGGUUCCAGCGACUUGCACCAAGGAGGUUCCCUACCAGGUGGCCUAUCCGUGCCCGCCUGUCAUGGAAAUGAAGGAGCAGUGCGAGCAGGUCGCCGCGGAGGUGCAAGCGACUUGCGAGAAGCAAGUGGCAGUUCAAGUGCCCUACAGCUGCCCAGCCACCGAAAUGAAGACGCAGUGCAACCAGCAAGCCGUUCCGUAUCAAGACACCUGCUACAAAACCGUCAAGGUCCAGGAGCAAUACCCCUGCACCAAGACCACCAAGCAGAGACAAUGCCACCGAGAAACGAAGAUGUGCACCGAGAAAGUCCCCGUCGAAGUGGCCUACGACUGCACGAAGAAGCACUGCGAAAAAAUCGAGGUACAGGUGGACGAAACGUGCUACAAGAAAGUCGAGGUCCAGCAGGCGUACGCGUGCACCGAGACAAAGCACGAAAGCAAGUGUGGCGUGGAGACCUACACCGAGCCGAAGACUUGCUACAAGGACGUGCUCACCAAGCAGGCUUACCCGUGCUACGAAACCAAAAUCGAAACUGUCUGCAAGCCGUGCGCCGCGAAAAUCAAAGUCACCCCCGAAAAAGUCCGCGAGCCGAAACCCUCCAAGAAAACGGAAGAAGCCAUCCCAGUCAUCGUCGAGCAACCGGUUGUCACGCACCAGAUGGCCGCUCCGGCUACUGUCGUCAUGGCAGACAAGGCUCCCGCGGCGCCCAUGGUUGUGUCCCAGAAAGGAUCUUCCUUCAUGUAUUGA